CUUCUCUCCUCAUCUCUCCUCAUCACCACUCGUUCAGUCAUGUUUGAUGUUUAUCUGCUCGUCUGUGACUCUCAAACUCUCACUGAUGUCUCAUUUGAACUUUCUGAAUGGCAUCGUUCUGAAUUCAGUUUGUUUAGGAAGCCUCAGUGUCGCAGGUGAAGAUGCAUGGAGGAUUUCUACAGCUGCUCAAGAAGAGGAAGGAGUUGAUUCCUCUGAUUGGGUUUGUGGGAUGUGCUGCAGUUGGAGCAGCAACAGCUUCGAUUUACUUCUUACUGACCAAACCGGACGUCAUUUUAAACAAGACUAGGAAUCCAGAGCCGUGGGAGACAUUAGAUCCAUCGACCCCACAGAAGGUGAGGAACACUUCCUCCAGCGAGUCUGGAUCAGGACUGACUGGUUAUGGUAAUGUUAACCAGCAGUCAGAUAUGUUGGAAGAUGGCAGAGAAGAUGGGAGUGAAAUUGAUCGCUUGGAUAUUGUGGAAGAAGAGAAUGUAGAUGAAUAA